AUGGGGAUUAUAUCAAUUGCAAAAAGAGAUGCAGUGAUGCUGAUAGUGCUUAAGCCUGGUGCUGUUGCUGAUAGUGAAGAAGAAUCGGAAGCGGGUUAUAGUCAAGUGCAAUGCUGCAAGAAGGAAGUGGGAGGUACUGCGGACAGAUGUUUGGAUGAACAGAGGGCACUUCCGGUCGGUCCUUCGGCUCUUUCUCUGAUAGUUGUGUUGAAAAGCUUUGCGACGAUGUUUAACACUGCGGCACUGUGCAGUUCAGCCGCG